AUGGCGCUAAACCACACUGCCCCACCCCAAGAUGAGCGCCUGCCACACUACCUUCGAGAAGGAGACCCCUUUGCUUCCAAACUUUCCUGGGAAGCGGAUCUAGUGGCUGGCUUUUACUUAACAAUAAUUGGGAUUCUGUCCACAUUUGGAAAUGGGUAUGUCCUUUAUAUGUCUUCUAGACGAAAGAAGAAGCUGAGACCUGCGGAAAUAAUGACUAUCAAUUUAGCAAUCUGUGAUCUGGGGAUUUCAGUUGUAGGCAAACCGUUCACCAUCAUCUCUUGCUUCUGUCACCGCUGGGUGUUUGGCUGGAUUGGCUGCCGCUGGUAUGGAUGGGCUGGAUUUUUCUUUGGCUGUGGAAGUCUUAUCACCAUGACUGCUGUCAGCCUGGAUCGAUACCUGAAAAUCUGCUAUUUAUCUUAUGGGGUUUGGCUGAAAAGAAAGCACGCCUACAUCUGCCUGGCAGUCAUCUGGGCCUAUGCUUCCUUCUGGACCACCAUGCCCUUGGUAGGUCUAGGGGACUACGCGCCUGAGCCCUUCGGAACCUCAUGCACCCUGGACUGGUGGCUGGCCCAGGCCUCCGUGGGUGGCCAGAUUUUCAUCCUGAACAUCCUCUUCUUCUGCCUGUUGCUCCCAACGGCUGUGAUUGUCUUCUCCUAUGUGAAGAUCAUUGCCAAGGUUAAGUCCUCCUCCAAAGAAGUAGCUCAUUUCGACAGUCGGAUACAUAGCAGCCAUGUGCUGGAAAUGAAACUGACCAAGGUGGCGAUGCUGAUUUGCGCUGGCUUCCUGAUCGCCUGGAUUCCUUACGCGGUGGUCUCUGUGUGGUCAGCUUUCGGAAGGCCAGACUCCAUCCCCAUCCAACUGUCUGUGGUGCCAACCCUACUUGCAAAAUCAGCAGCAAUGUACAACCCCAUCAUUUACCAGGUCAUCGAUUACAAAUUUGCCUGUUGCCAAACUGGUGGUUUGAAAGCAACCAAGAAGAAAUCCUUGGAAGACUUCAGGCUGCACACUGUAACCACAGUCAGGAAGUCUUCUGCUGUGCUGGAAGUCCAUCAAGAGGUAUGA